GAUUCAAAGGUACAAAAAGACGUUCACCAUUUGCUGCUCAGACUGCAGCAGCAAAUGUUGUUGAUACCUUAGUAAAUCAAGGUCUUCUGAAAGAAGCAGAAGUUAUGAUAAGUGGCCCUGGUUCGGGGAGAGAUACAGCAUUAUGAGCCAUUGCUCAAAGUGGUAUACAAUUAAGUUAUGUACGUGAUGUAACUCCUAUGCCACAUAACAGAUGUAGACCUCCCAAAAGAAGACGUGUAUAAGAAUUGAAUAAAUUGAAAGUGAAAGAAAGGAUUAAAUUAUUUAUUUGAAAUAAUAUUAUGAAUCAGAAUGAAAUAGCAGUCUCAAUGAAGAUACCAGAAUUGAAGUGCGUUGAAUCCAGAACAAAGAAUAAGCGUUUUCAUUAUAGUCGUUUCACUCUAUCUUCUCUUCGCAAAGGUCAAGCUAAUACAAUAGGCAGCGCAAUAAGAAGAGUUUUACCUGGAGAAGUAGAAGGAACAUGUAUCACACGUGCUAAAUUUCACAAUAUAUCAAACGAAUAUUCCGUAAUAAUAGGUAUUGAAGAAUCAAUACAUGAAAUUUUGAUGAAUCUGAAAGAAAUUGUACUUCGAAGUGAUGCGUACAGAAUUCGAGAAGGAUCUAUCCAUGUUGUCGGACCAAAAAAAGUAACCGCUCAAGAUAUCAUGUUACCACCUUCUGUGAGAACAAUCGAUACUACACAACAUAUAGCUAACAUAAACAAAUCAAUUACCUUAGAUAUAUCAUUACAAAUUGAAAAAGGUCGUGGAUAUAUUAUUCAAAAUCCAAAUAAUUACAAUCCUAAGGAUGAAAUUUUUGCUAUAGAUGUUGCCUUUGUCUUUCCUAUAGAUGCUGCCUUUGCCCCUGUUCAAAAUGUAAAUUACAGUACACACUCCUAUUGGAGCGAAAAUGAGACACAAGAAAUUCUAUUUCUUGAAAUAUGGACGAAUGGAGGAUUAGCUCCUAAAGAAGCACUUUACGAAGCUUCUUGGAAUUUGAUUGACUUUUUCCUUCCCUUUCUAAAUGCAAAGGAAGAGAACAGCGAUGGAACAAACAGUCUAAGCGACGAUAUUACUCCUUCCUUACCUAUUUUGCAUAUAUCGACUAAUAUGAAGAGAAUAGCUUUUGAUCAAAUGUAUAUUGACCAAUUAAACUUCUCUACUAGGAUAUAUAAUUGCCUCAAAAAGGCAAAUAUAAAUACAGUAUCAGACCUUUUGAAUUACAAUCGAGAAGAUUUAAUGAAAAUAAAACAUCUUGGGGAACAAUCUAUCAAAGAAAUCUUGGAAUUUAUACGAAAUAUUCAAAUUGAUUCACCGGGGAAUCCGGUUUAGAUUUCUAAGAGUUCUAUUCAAUCUCCCCAUUCAUUCCCUUCUUCUAAGUUCUUCUGGAAUAAAUCUUUGACCAUUAUGUAACAAUAUUAGAAAAUAUUUGAUAAAAAAAUAUAUCUAGGGAGAGACCCUUUAUCUUAAAGCAACAACUCCCUA